AUGGACUACCCCAUGCGUUUCCUGAAGUCGAAGACGGCUGCUCUCAUUACCUUCCCCUUCAGCGGUGGCCAGCCGCGCAAGGGUGUUGAGGAUGGUCCUGAGGCUAUGCUUCGCGCCGGCCUGCGCUCGCAGCUCGAGGAGCUCGGCUGGAAGGUCGAUGUCGAUCAGUCGAUGAACUGGGACGAAAUCAACCAGAUUCUUGCCGAGGACAAGGACAUCGACACCAUGAAGAACCCUCGCUCUGUGUCGAAGGCCAGUGAGCAGCUUGCCGGCGUUAUUGAGAAGCACGCCAAGGCGGGUGAGCUGCCCGUGACGCUCGGUGGUGACCACAGUCUCGGCACCGGCUCGAUGAUCGGUGUGAACCGCGUGUACCCCGACGCGGCCACCAUCUGGGUGGAUGCCCACGCGGACAUCAACACGGCGGCCACUACCCCGUCGGGCAACCUGCACGGCUGCCCCGUGGCCUUUGCGCUCGGCCUCGAUGGCUCGUACGUCGAGCCUUUCAAGAGCUGGCUGCCGAACCCCCCGGUCGCCAGCCCCAACCGCCUGGUGUACAUCGGUCUGCGUGACGUUGACGAGGGUGAGCGCAAGAUCCUCAAGCAGCACAACAUCAAGGUGUUCUCGAUGCACCAUGUCGACAAGUACGGCAUCGGCAAAGUGGUCGAGAUGGCGCUUGACUACGUCAACCACAACACCUCGCGCCGCGACCGCCCGAUCCACCUGUCGUUCGACGUGGACGCGCUCGACCCCAGCGUCGCGCCGAGCACCGGUACGCCGGUGCGUGGCGGCCUGACCUUCCGCGAGGGCCACUACAUCUGCGAGGCGAUCCACGAGACGGGCGCCGUCGUCGCCAUGGACCUCGUCGAGGUCAACCCCAAGCUCGAGACCGAGGCCGCGGAGCAGACCAUCGCUGUCGGCUGCUCGCUCAUCCGCUCGACCCUCGGCGAGUCGCUCCUUGACUAA